GGCCCGGCCGCCCCCAGCCCCAGCCCCGCCGGGCCCCGCCCCCCGCCGAGUGCAUGAGGUUGACGCUACUUUGUUGCACCUGGAGGGAAGAACGUAUGGGAGAGGAAGGAAGCGAGCUGCCCAUGUGUGCAAGCUGCGGCCAGAGGAUCUGUGACGGCCAGUACCUCCAGGCCCUGAAUGCGGACUGGCACGCAGACUGCUUCAGGUGUUGUGACUGCAGUGCCUCCCUGUCGCACCAGUACUAUGAGAAGGAUGGACAGCUCUUCUGCAAGAAGGACUACUGGGCCCGCUAUGGCGAGUCCUGCCACGGGUGCUCGGAGCAGAUCACCAAGGGACUGGUUAUGGUGGCUGGGGAGCUGAAGUACCACCCUGAGUGUUUCAUCUGCCUUACAUGUGGGACCUUUAUCGGCGAUGGCGACACCUACACGCUGGUGGAGCACUCCAAGCUGUACUGCGGGCACUGCUACUACCAGACUGUGCUGACCCCCGACUCCCCUGGCUCCCACCUGCCCCACACUGUCACCCUCGUGUCCAUCCCAGCCUCAUCUCAUGGCAAGCGUGGACUUUCAGUCUCCAUCGACCCCCCACACAGCCCACCAGGCUGCAGCACGGAGCACUCACACACCGUCCGUGUGCAGGGAGUGGAUCCCGGCUACAUGAGCCCAGAUGUGAAAAAUUCCAUCCAUGUCGGAGACCGGAUCUUAGAAAUCAAUGGCACACCCAUCCGAAAUGUGCCCCUGGACGAGAUUGACCUGCUGAUUCAGGAAACCAGCCGCCUGCUCCAGCUGACCCUCGAGCACGACCCUCACGAUACACUGGGCCAUGGGACGGGGUCUGAGACCAGCCCCCUGAGCUCUCCGAUUCACACACCUGGCGGGGAGGCGGGCAGCUCCGCUCGGCAGAAGCCUGUCUUGAGGAGCUGCAGCAUCGACAGGUCUCCGGGUGCCAGCUCACUGGGAUCCCCGGCCUCCCAGCGCAAGGACCUGGGUCGCUCUGAGUCCCUCCGCGUGGUCUGCCGGCCACACCGCAUCUUCCGGCCGUCGGACCUCAUCCACGGGGAGGUGCUCGGCAAGGGCUGCUUCGGCCAAGCCAUCAAGGUGACACACCGUGAGACAGGUGAGGUGAUGGUGAUGAAGGAGCUGAUCCGGUUCGAUGAGGAGACGCAGAGGACAUUCCUCAAGGAGGUGAAGGUCAUGCGAUGCCUGGAGCACCCCAAUGUGCUCAAGUUCAUCGGGGUGCUCUACAAGGACAAGCGGCUCAACUUCAUCACUGAGUACAUCAAGGGGGGCACGCUCCGGGACAUCAUCAAGAGCAUGGACAGCCAAUACCCUUGGAGCCAGAGAGUGAGCUUUGCCAAGGACAUCGCGUCGGGAAUGGCCUACCUCCACUCCAUGAGCAUUAUCCACCGAGACCUCAACUCCCACAACUGCCUGGUCCGAGAGCCCACGGCAGAGUGGCCACGGGCUACCCCAGGCAGAACUCUGUGCCCAGGGCUCUGCCCCUUGCUCCUCCGAGCUCCCAGAGGCUUGCUCAGACCGUGGGAUUGGGGGACAGAGCGUAAGCCUGGGUUUCCACGGAGGUUGCCGGCCUCUGCCUCCUGGGCCUUGACCUCCCAGCCAGGGCAUCCUCCCGGCUGGCCUGGUGCCCUGCCUUUUGGCAUCCCUGGCACCCUUGUGUGUUCAGCUGCUGACAGUCAGUGUCUUUGUCCAGGCCGCAGCUAUGACGAGAAGGUGGAUGUGUUCUCCUUCGGAAUCGUCCUGUGCGAGAUUAUCGGGCGGGUGAACGCGGACCCUGACUACCUGCCCCGUACCAUGGACUUUGGCCUCAACGUGCGAGGCUUCCUGGACCGCUACUGCCCCCCAAACUGCCCCCCGAGCUUCUUCCCCAUCACUGUGCACUGUUGCGAUCUGGACCCUGAGAAGAGGCCGUCCUUCGUGAAGCUGGAGCACUGGCUGGAGAUGCUCCACAUGCACCUGGCUGGCCGCCUGCCACUGGGCCCUCAGCUGGAGCAGCUGGACAGGGGUUUCUGGGAGACCUACCGGCGCGGCGAGAGCGGACUGCCUGCCCACCCCGAGGUCCCCGAUUGAGCUGGACCGCUCAGCCGCCCCCGUCCCCACCUCCAGAGAAUCCACCCCUGCCAGAUUCCUCUGAAGGAGGUGGCCCUCAGCUGGGACAGUGGGGACCCAGGCUUCUCCCCAGAGCCAGGCCCUGACUUGCCUUCUCCUGCCCCGUGGACCGCUUCCCCUGCCUUCUCUGCCCCGGCCCCGGAGCCGGCCCAGCUGCACACACACAGCAUCCCCUCGCCCUGCUGUAACCUCUGUCUUGGCAGGGCUGUCCCCUCUCGCUUCCCCUUGCAUGAGCUGGAGGGCCUGUGUGAGCUGUGCCCCUUUCCACACGCCGCUGCCCCAGCCGCCUGUCUGAUCCAUAGCUCCACGGAGGCUGGGCUGAGAGGCAGCCUCCCAGCCAUGCCCCCUAUCUCGUUUGGGUGCAUGGGAGGGCGCGUGUCAGGGCAGAAGCCAGGUUCCCAGGUGUCUGUGUUCCCAGGAACCAAAUGGGGUGUCUGGGGUCCGUUUUCCCCACAGGGGGUGUCUAGGUAGCAACAAGUAUCGAGGAUUCUCCAAAGCCCCAAAGCAGAGAGAGGGCUGAUCCUGUGGGGCAGAGGUCCCCGACGGCUGAGCAAACAGCCCCUUCUCUCACUUUGGGUCUUUUUUGGUUGGUUGUUUCUCAAAGCCACUUUAGUGAGAAGCAGGUACCAAGCCUCAGGGUGAAGGGGGUCCCUCGAGGGAGCAUUGGAGCUGCGGUGCCCGGGCCGGAGCUGAUGGGGAGGAGCCGGCUCGGGCAGAGAGAGGACGGGCACGGCGGGCACGGCAGGCAGGGCAUGUGUCCGCCAGCAGCUCAGCCCCUGCGGUCAUCUCACAGCCUUCCCGGGGUCUCCCCCGAGGCUCCCUGCCCCUCCUCAUGCCCCUCUGUCCUCUGCGUUUUUUCUGUGUAAUCUAUUUUUUAAGAAGAGUUUGUUCCCAAACUAAAAUGCAAA